CCAUCGGACUUGGAGAUGUCCUCUUAUGGUCAACCAGGAUCGGCAGAACCAUCAUCAUCCACCCGACCGCUGCUUGAACCUCCCCCUUCACCUUCCCUCUUGCCAGAGACGAAAUGGCGAAGGAAUGGACAUCAUCAUCGAUGGCGACGGUGGAUGACACCCGUUUUAGCACUUUCCACCCCAUUCUUACUCAUAUCAAUCUACGCUAUCGUUCAUCCGCACGUCCCAGGUUUACCCCCAUUACCCCAUAUGUCGUUGAAUGGUCUCAAAGGCCAACUGGACGAGAUCAGUGAUGGGGCGCUUGGAUGUCUUUGCGGGGCGACAUCGGAGGGAGAAAGGUUAUGUGAGGUGUAUGAUAAAGAGGGACUACGAGCUAGUAGGCUGUUUGAGGGAUCUGGAGCGAGGAUGAGGAAAGUGUUGCGGAAAGCCAGAGAUGGAGAACCUAUCAAAGUGGGCAUAUUGGGAGGAUCAGUAUCUGCUUGUCAUGGUGUACAUCCAAGUCCAGAAUAUCCUCAAGGAGAUCCAGAUGGUCCGGGAUGCUAUACCUCGUUAUUGAAUCAGUGGUUCACCGAUACAUUUCCCAAUUCACAUCAUGAGUUUUUGAAUGGGGCCAUCGGUGGAAUGGAUUCGAGCUACUAUGCCUUCUGUGGAACUCACCAUAUCGCCGAUGACACGGAUCUGAUCGUCCUCGAGUUUGACGUCAAUGACCAACCGGAUGAUAUUUAUCAAGCCUUCUUCGACCAACUUCUGCGGGUUCUUUCAGAGUUCACAUCCCAACCAGCUGUGGUGAUACUUGGUGCCUGGGCUCCGCAGGUUGCUCAAGAUGUGGGCUAUGCAGAUCCACAGAUGAUUCAUUUGCCUAUAGCGCAUUAUUACGACAUUCCAUAUAUUUCAAUGAAACGACUGAUGUUCAAUCACUACCUCCGCUUCCCCGCUUCCACCUCACGAGCCUUCUACCAACAAGAUAUCCUUCAUCCCAACGCCCGGGGACACCGAAUCCUCGCCGAUCUUCUGAUUGCUUACUUAGAAUCUGAGCUUUGUCAGCUGAAUCGUUUCGGUAUCCCUCCUCCACGUAUAGAAUUUGAUACCAUCUCCACCACCCUCUUAUCAUCCGAUCUUGUGUCCAUCCCUUUCAACCUAGACUCCCCACAUAUGACAGACCCUACCACUCCUCCACCCGGCUGGGAAUCGACAUUUGAUCUUGAACCACUCCAACGUCUCACUUCUGAAUCUCGACAUUUCGUUUUACCCACAACCCCAUACUCUAUCCCUUUGGUGGGGUUGUUCACACCAUUACGAGACGUGGUGAACCCUCGUCAACCCGAUCCGAGCUCUUCGAGACAUGUGACAGGACUUGUUCAGCCAAGAAUGUUUUGCGCGGACGCCAAUGAUCAUGAUAAUCCUAUGACACCUACGAGCAGCGAGGGUUGGGAGCCAUUUGUGUGGAACGGUGAGAAACACUUUUGGGUCUCUUCGACUAUUGGAGCGAGAAUACGAGUGGACAUCAAGGUGAAUGAGGGAAGGGUGGCGGUAUACUAUUACAGAUCUCAACAUUAUCAUCUGGGUGAUGCUAAAUGCUGGGUGGACGAUAACGAAAAGGGUGCAGUCACGCUGGCUGGGUAUUGGACAAAACAAUACAAUGUGGCAGUAGUGGCAUACAUCGACGAAAAGGUCACUCCUGGAGACCACUACGUGACGUGUGAAGUGUCGAAAACCACAUCUCAUCCUGACGAUCCCGACGCUCACAACUUUCGCAUAGUGGCCGUCAUGGCCACUUAGAGCAAAAAUAUCAUCUCAUGCAUAUAUCAUCUC